AUGGAAAGUUAUCCCAAGCUCUUUUUGGGAUUCUGCUCACAUUUCAAGUUUAUCUCAAAGAUCCGGAAGACAAACUCCACUGUUCUGACUGUGAAGCAGUUGUUCCCCAAGCACUCCAAAAUAUACGACGGUAAAACGAUUUCCCUCCUUUCUGAAAGCGUUGAAGCCAUCGAAAAAUUUACAGAUUUCCUCGUUAUUGAAAGAGUGGUAAUCGAAUGGAUUUUGGUACCAGAGAAUUACGCCACUGAACAUCCCAACCUGAAAAGUUUACAGAUGUACGCAGUGGAUGCACAGGGUAAAAGUGGAAGCGGUGUAAGGUCAGUGCCAUUGGCGUCAAUCAAUCUUAUUGAUGGUCUAGACUGGCGUUUUUCACCUUCAGACUUCUUGGAAACACAGCUUGAUACGCGUGAGCCAAGAACGAGUGCACUCUUCCUCAAAACCUGUCCCAAAUUCUUUUUGGACUGUGCCAACGGAGUUGCAUCCUUUAUUUGUCGAGUUGAGGACUCCAGCGUGACAGCUAACACUUUUGAAUAG